GGGAGGUUGACUACAAAAGGUACCAGGGGGAGACUGUCAGCCAGACUCUUCAGCUUUUUACUUCUGUACAACAGCCAUGAUCCACGCAUACUGCAUUAUAUUUGUCUUUCAGCUGCUCUCCCUCACUGGGGCUUCUGAGAGUGGCAUCGUGGGUGGUAAGGUUUCCAAGCCUCAUUCCAGACCCUACAUGGCAUCACUCCAGUUUGAUGGACAUCAUUCAUGUGGCGGGAUACUUAUUCGGGAGGAUUUUGUUCUAACAGCUGCACACUGCAAAAAGCCGAACCGCAAUAUGGUGGUGGUACUUGGAGCACAUAACAUACGCAAGGAAGAGAAAAGUCAGCAAAGAAUCCCAGUGGCUAAGGAAAUUCCACAUCCGAAAUUCACUGGAGAAUAUGAUUAUGACAUUAUGUUACUGAAGUUAAAAAACAAGGCCAAACUGAAUAAGUAUGUGAAGACCAUCGGACUACCAAAGAAGGAUGGGAAAAUCCCAGCCAACAUUAACUGUACAGUUGCUGGCUGGGGAAAAACUGGAGUUGACAAGCCUGCCUCAGAUGUGCUGAAGGAGGCCAUCGAGAAGAUACAAUUCAGCUUUGAGUGCAAAAAUAAAUGGCAAAAGUACUUUGACAAUGAUCGCAUGUUAUGCACCAAAUUCACCAAAAAGAAAGGAGGG